AGCACCACCCAGGGAGGGAGCGUAUUUGCUUCUUCACUCACUUCUGGCAGGGCAGAGGAAUGCUGGACAUUGAGAGACAAGAAGGGAGGCUGCCCAGAGCAUCGGCACGCUGCUCCCCCGUCCCACGCCUUGGGCCUCCUCCCUUAGGAACAAACAGAUGUCAGAAACUGAGCUGGAAAAGAUAAAAGUCAGAACAGCUGAGCAUUUUGAAAAUGACAAAAAUAACAUUUCUUGGUUGAAGGAAGGACCAUCCAGCUCAAUUCAAAAUCCUCUGGAAGACCCUGAUACGCAACUCACAAACGGAAAGCAGGCAGACGAGAAAGCCAUUAAUACCAUUGUUAUAAACUCAGUAUCCGAAUUCAAAAUCACAGAUGGACAAGCCAAGGAAACCCCCAGUGAGAAAAAACUGUCAGAAUCCAGCAUAUCACUGACCUCCCUUGAAGAAUGCCAAACGAAAUUUUCCUACCUCCAAACUCAUCCUUCAGUUCAUCCAAGAGACACUGAUGAGGACUGUGCCUCCCUCAUCCUCACCUGUCUGUUUUGCCAGUUUUUGGAUUGCCUCCUGAUGCUCCCGGAUACGUGUGAAACGGUGUGUACCAGUUUGUGCUGCCCCUCUCACAGGUAUCGCCACACCUCAGAUGAAAGCCACUCCCGGAAUGACUGCAACUGCAACUGUGACAUAGACUGCAGCCUUUUUGAAUCUUGCCAGGAGACCAGUGAGUGUCUGGAGCUGGCCAUGGAGAUUUCAGAAAUCUGUUACCACUAG